UCAUGGCCUCAAUGUAUCAAUUAUUAUUGAUUUUUUUGAUACUAAAGGCUUUUUCCAAUUCUUCUAUAUUUAACCAACUAAUAAACCAAACCAUUCUUUCACACUCUCACUCCUCCACCACUUUUUUUUGUGUGUUUUGGUUAGUUUCUCCGGUGGUCAGUCAAAAUGCAGCUCUUUCCUCUCAUCCUACCGACACUAUGCGUCUUCCUCCACCUUCUUAGAGGCGGUUCUUGCUCUCCUCCACCGUUGUCUCACUCCCCUCAACGCGUGGCAGCCUCUCAUUGGCUACCCGCCACGGCCACCUGGUACGGGAGUGCCGAGGGCGACGGCAGUAGCGGAGGAGCUUGUGGUUACGGGUCGCUAGUGGACGUGAAGCCGUUUAGAGCAAGGGUUGGUGCGGUGAGUCCGAUUCUGUUCAAGAGCGGCGAAGGCUGCGGUGCAUGUUACAAGGUCAGGUGUCUCGACAAGACCAUUUGCUCUAAGAGAGCUGUCACCAUUAUUGUCACCGACCAGUCACCGUCAGGACCAUCUGCUAAAGCAAAACACACUCACUUCGACCUAAGUGGUGCCGCCUUUGGACAUAUGGCUAUUCCCGGCCAUAACGGCGUCAUCCGCAACCGUGGUCUGUUAAACAUCCUCUACCGCCGAACAGCAUGCAAGUACAGAGGGAAGAACAUAGCGUUCCAUGUGAACGCAGGAUCAACUGCUUAUUGGCUAUCUCUUCUCAUUGAGUAUGAAGAUGGUGAAGGAGACAUUGGCUCUAUGCACAUUCGUCAAGCCGGGUCUAAGGAGUGGAUAGCAAUGAAGCACAUAUGGGGAGCAAACUGGUGCAUCGUUGAAGGACCACUCAAGGGACCUUUCUCAGUCAAGCUCACUACUUUGUCCAACAACAAGACUCUCUCUGCCACCGACGUCAUCCCAAGUAACUGGGUUCCCAAAGCUACUUACACCUCUCGGCUCAACUUCUCCCCUGUUCUCUAGGUAGCAUCUCUUCUGUUUUUUUUUGGUUGCGGGAGAGAGUAACACAAAGAGGACAACGAGCAAACAGUAAGCAAUAUCAGAAUUCCAACUGUAGCCAUCUCCAAAGUUAGGGGAACAAGAGCUUGCAAUGUGCGUGUGACUACUAACUUUCGAUGUUGUCCCUUUUCCUUUUUUUUUCCUUGUCCAUAAGGAUGUGUGUAUCAUCAUCAUCUAUAAAUCUUGUUUGUGGGACAUUACUAUAUAAUAAUCUACAGAAAAAAGUGUAAUAAUGUAAAAUGCAAUCUCAUUCCAUUUGAAUCCAA